GUUCCGAUUAGAGUCUGAUGAAGAACAAUCUUCUUCUUCAUCACCCAAUUCUCUGUCUGUUCAGAGUAAUGCUAUUCUUGUUGUGAAAGCAGCUCCACCAUCUUUUGCACUUUAUCAGCAAGAAUGUCUUUGUCCACAAGAGACGAAGUUAGGGCCCGAUUGAGGCCCUUUGGAAUCGUAUUCGAAAAAUCAUUGACCGAUCUUAUAAAAGGUAUAAGGGCGCAUAAGGAACCUGAAUCUCAAACAAAAUUCCUACAAAAUGUUCUAUCUGAAUGUAGAGUGGAAGUCAAAUCAUCAGAUUUGGAUCUCAAGACAAUGGCUAUAUUAAAAUUAACCUAUCUAGAAAUGUAUGGGUUUGAUAUGUCCUGGGCGAAUUUUAAUAUCCUUGAGGUGAUGGCUUCUUCGAAAUUUCAACAAAAAAGGGUGGGCUAUUUAGCUGCAAUUCAAUCUUUUCAAAACGACAGUGAUAUCUUAAUUUUAGUUACAAACUUGUUCAAAAAGGACCUCAAUUCUGCAAAAUCGGUUGAAGUUGGUUUAGCACUAAGUGGUAUAGCAUCAAUUGUCACUCCGAGUUUAGCAAGAGAUUUAAUUGAUGAUAUAAUUAAAAUGUUAAAUCACUCAAAGCCUUAUGUUAGAAAAAAAGCAGUCUUAUGUCUUUAUAAAAUUUUUUUAAAGUAUCCAGAAGCUUUAUCUUCAUCGUUUGAGAGAUUGUUUGAUAAAUUUAAUGAUACUGAUAAUUCUGUUGUUAGUGCUGUGGUUACAGUGGUAUGUGAAUUGGCUAAAAAAAAUCCUAAAAAUUAUAUUCCCUUAGCUCCUCAAUUAUAUAAUCUAUUGAAAACAUCAACAAAUCAUUGGAUGUUAAUCAGAUUAUUCAAAUUAUUUUCGUCAUUAGCUCAAAUUGAACCAAGAUUAAAAACUAAGCUAUUGCCUCCAAUAUUAGAUUUAAUUAAAACAACCAAGGCCUCAUCAAUAAUGUAUGAAGGAAUAAUGUGCAUAAUAAAAGGAAACAUGCUAGAUGAUUCAAAUUCUCAAGUUGCUCAGUUUUUAGUAUCAAAAUUACAUUUUUUUUUUGAUCAAAACAUCUCAGCAAACAAUGAUUUUGCUUUUAAAGAUCCAAAUUUGAUAUUUGUUGGCUUGUUAGCCUUGAAUCAAAUUUCAACGAUAUUUCCUAAUUUAAUUUUGGCUCAUCAAAAGAAUAUUUUGCUGUGUCUUGAUCAUUAUGAUUUAUCAAUAAGAGAACAAGCAUUAAAUUUAAUUGAUUGCAUUAUAAAUGAAGAAAAUAUAAUAGCGAUUGUUGGAAGUCUAGUUUGUCAAUUAAUUCCACGACCUCCUUCAGUCGAAGAUGAAAACCAAGGUUUAGAACCGCAAUAUUUGCAAAGGACUAGUUUAAUUAAUUUGCCAAAUAAUUAUAAAGUUCAGAUUGUUAAUAAAAUUUUAACAUCUUGUAUAAAGGAUAAUUACUCCAAUAUCCCUGAUUUUGAAUGGUUUACAACUGUUUUAAAUGAUUUAAUAUCAAUUGUUGUUAAUUCUGAUUUUGGCUCCUUUGUCGGUGUGGAAUUAGGGGCAACAUUUAGAGACAUUGUAAUUAAGAUUCCGAGUCUUAGAGAGGAAAUUUUAAAUAAUUAUAUUGUCAAGAUUAUAUUCAAUAGACAAAUUAUUGGGAAAUUGCCCAACUGUUUGAAUGAUUUAAUAUGGUGUUUGGGAGAGUAUUCCGAUUUAAAUGACGAUAAUGAAAAGAUUAUUAAAAGGCUCAUUGAGUUUUAUAAUCCCUUUCUCUUGUCAAAUGACUCAGAUGAUGAUUCAUCAGAUACAUUACAACAAGUGAAAUCUCAUUUGUUUAUAUUUGAAAGAAUCUUUGAGGUUUUAAUUCAAUCUAUUGUCAAAAAUUUCUCCUCAUUUUGUAAUAAAGGUUCUAAUAAAGAAUAUUGGGAUUCUAAACAAAGAGAAAGCAUAUUGAGAUUAUUGGAUAUUAUUUUGAAUUAUUUAAAUGAGUUGUCGACAUGUAAUUUUUAUGAAAUUCAAGAAAGAUCAACUGAAUUUGGCGAGUUUUUAAAAUUAAUUAAAGAAGCUAUAGAGGAACAUCCUCAGCAGGCAUCAGAACCACCAUUAUUAUUAUCUAGCGUUUUGCCCUCAUUGUUCAAUUCAUAUGAUUUGAUUCCAAUUGCAAGGGGAUCACAACAAAGGAUUGAAACGCCGGAUAGUUUGCAAUUAGAUAAAGAAAUCGAUCUUACAGAUCUUCCAUUAGGGCAGGGUUUUCAAGAUUCAUUUGGAACAGAUGAUUAUUUAAGGUAUAUGGAAUCUGGGGAUUCUGAUUAUGAUUUUGACAGCGAUAUCGAAGAAGAUGACAAUGAUGAAGAAGAAGAAGGAGGAGGAAAGAGUUCCAAUUAUUAUGAGAACAAUAUGGAAAAUCAGUGGGAGAAAACUGUUGAGGGAGUUGUUAUGGAAACUCCACAUGAUAUUGAGAGACGUCGUAAAGAGAGGUUAGAAAAGCAAAAAUACAAUCCUUAUUAUAUAUCGGACAAUGGAGAUAAGAAUGGGUUUUUUGGUAGUCAAUCGCCUCAAAGAAGUUUAGCAGGGUCGCCAGUUCCUGCCAAAGAAGAGUUUGCGCCAAUAUAUGCAAUCCCAAACAAAAGCAGGAAGAUAAAAAAACCAGUUAUUAUUUUAACGGAAGAAACCAUCCCGGGUACUAGAAAUGUUUUAUCAAAAACAUCCAGUUUAAAUUUGAAGAAAAAUAAGAAAAAACCCAACCGGAAUUUAAAGUUGAUGAUCGAUUCUUCAGCAUUGGAUAAUUUUGAUAUUUCCAAACCUAAAGAAAAUGACGACGAAAAUGAAAUUGAGAUUGAAAGAAUCCGACAAGAGUUGCAAAAAACAGCGCUAGAAGAACGAACAAUAGCCAAAGCCAAAAAGAAGAAAACAUUGAAAAAAGCAUUAAAGAGUAAGGAUACCGAUAAUGGGAAACUCGAUGCGUCUGGAAACAACGAAGCUGUUUCUGCCAAGAAGAAAGUGAAAAAAGUCAGAAGAGUGAAAAAGAAAACAGAGGAUAAUGGCAACGCUUCUAAUGCAGUUGAAGUUAAAAGAAAAAGACCUGCAAAGAAGGCUACAAUUGCAGAGUAAGUUUGGAGAUUUCAAAACUGUUGAAGCGUAUCAAAACGGAAUUGGAAAAGAAUUGGUAUACGUUUACUGCUUUAUAGAUAUCUUUUUGUCUAGUUGACUGAAUUUCAAACUGUAGAAAUAUAAUUUUGCAUAAUCAAAGGAAAGGUCCACUACAAAUUUCAUAACAGCAUGAGUUGCUUUGCACAAGACCAAGUUCGGCAAAGCACUGUUAAAGCUUUUAAAGGCUAUGGGAUAUGGAUAUGGCAGAUCAGCUUUGCAACUUUUGUUUCUCUGCGGUGAAGGCGAUAAGAGCUGAGAACCCAGAACCUUAAGUGGUUGUGUAAUCUAAAAGACAGCCCUUGGGGAGAACGAAGCGUAUGUUUUGACUUAAUUCUGGCAUAAAUAACAGCUGCUACAGAAGAACAAGUGCAAGAAAUAUGCUUCAAGCAGAACCAGGGGAAAACAGCUCUGG